AUGCCUCUCGCGCCAAGCAAAAGAGACCCCCAGGGGGGCCCCCCCUCCCCUCUUAUCUGUACCCUCCUGGGUCCCGAGGGGCCCCCCCCCCUUUUCUUUGUCUCUUCCCUUUUUGGGGGCCCCCCCUCUCGGCAUCAGGCGCCGCAUAGGGGGCCCCCAGAAGCUGGGGGCCCCCCAGGGGGGGGCCCCCUCAAGCGCAGCUGGGGGGCCCCCUCGAGCCUGAAGGCCCUGGGGGGGGGCCCCCAAACCCCCGCAGGCAGCAGCCAAGGUCUCAAGGGGACAACUGUCUCCUUUUUGUAUUUAUUGAUUUACUUUACUGCUUCCCCGCUGCUGUCUCUCUGCAACAAAGAGUUGUUUUCAGGAGCAGCAAAAGGAGUCCCCCUUAGCUGCUGCCUGCUGCAGCAGCUCAUCCUCUGUCUCUGUCUCCUCGCGCUGGGCCUUUACUGCAGCAGGCCCCAGCGCAGCAAGCAGCAGCAGCAGCAGCAGCAGCAGCAGCAGCCGCAGCAGCAGCAGCAGUGGCCGAAGCCGGCGGCGCAGCAGCAGCACUUGCUGCACCUGCAGCAGCAGCAGCAGCAGCAGCAGCAGCAGCAGCAGCAGCAGCAGCAGCAGCAGCAGGGGUUUGGCUGGGCGUCGUUUGGGGGGCCGGCGCUAAGUGUCUCCUUUAAGCAGCAGCUGCUGCUGGGAGUGCCUUACGUGCUGAUGCUGUGGAGCAGCAACUGCUGCUUAAGUGUCUCCUCUUUGUCUUCUUACCACAUUGCCCGCUGCUCUUCAGUCCCCGUCGCGCUGCUGCUCGAGCUGCUGGGGGUCUUCCCCUGUCCCUCAGCAGCAGCAGCAGCAGCAGCAGCAGCAGCGGAACGGCCAGCAGCAGCAGCAGCAGCAGCAGCAGCAGCAAGAGGGGGUCCCGGCGCCCUCGAGUGGAUAAAGGAGACAGCUCGAAGGGCCCAGGAAAGAGCUGCUGCAGUUGGCUGCUGCCGCAUUUUCUCAGCUCUUGCUGUUGCUGCAGGACUUGCUGUUGCUGCUGCUGACGGCCAGGCGCUGCAGCCCCGUGCUGCUGCUCUGGGUGCUGCUGCUUCUGCUGCUGGCGCGGUGUACAUGCACCUCGCCAAGGACUGCAUACGCGCACAAACAGCAGCAGCAGCAGCAGCAGGGCGCGCAGCUGCUGCUGCUGCUGCUGCUGAGCGGAGGCCUUGCUGCGCUGCUGCCCGUCUGCACCUAUGCCUGCCUAAGGAGACUGUCUCCUUUGGCUUGCUGCAUUGCAGGACAAACCCUAAACCCUUGCACCAGCAGCAGCAACAGCAGCAGCAACAGCAGCAGCAACAGCAACAGCAGCAGCAGGAGCAGCAGCAGCGGCAAGCGCAGCAGCGGUGA